CUAGUGCUAAAAAAAGGAUCCGCUGGAAUUCAAAUUUCUGUGGGCGUCUUGUAUCUUACGUGCUACACGUGGCCACCCUAGCCCAGACCCGAGCCCUUCCCUGCGGCCUAGCGCCAGGCAUUCCUGGCCCCAGCGCCUGCUCUGCCUGGGGAAGGCGAGAAUCCGCAUUCUCUGCCCGCAGUCCGGCGGCUCAAUCCGGGAACCCGCAAGACUGAGUGUGUGACGUGCGUGUGCGAUUAGAAGUGGCCAGGAUCCUGAGCCGCUAGGAACCGGCCCUUCUCGUGCCUUAUCUCCUAAACCGCACGGCGAUGGGGGGAGCUGGCCGGGCAUGUAGGAACUGUCCCCCACACCCCGUCUGCUGACGAGGCCACCGGUGCUCAGAGAGGUGAAGGGACCUGCCCGGAGAGCCAGACCCAGACCUAAGCCUGGAUGCCUUUAGAGCACUGUCCAGCCUUCUCCUGCAUCACUGAAGGAACAAGGUUGGAGUCACUGGGCAGGAGCUGGCCCAGGGGCUGGAUGGGAAUGGAUUGAUUCCCCCGGGGCCUCAGACCCAGCACUGGACUAGAGGUGCGUGGCUCUGAGGACAGGCUGGCUGAGUGAAAGCCUGCAGUAUGCUGCAGCUCCCAGGUGGAGAGAGGAGGGGCAGUCCAUGGGGUGCAAGGCAGUAAGGGAGGGGCUGGGAACUGCUCAGUGGAUAGAUAUCUAGGAGAGAGAGCUCCACACCCCACAUCCUCCGUGGGUCUGCAGAGGGGGAGGCUGGACCCCAGGGCACAGUCAGACUAGGAGGGUGGACAUCUCAAAGAGACAACAGACUAAAGACCAGAGUUCUCCCCCAAUGUUCUGAACUGUGUCAGAACCCCAGGACUUCCCCACAACUGAGGUUGGUAAAAAGAGGAAUUUCCCACCUUCCUGUCAAAUUAGAUCUGGGGGCAGAUUAAAUUUCAUUUAAAAAAUAAACAUGGCGAUAAGAGCGGCGGGGAGCGGCGGGCGGCAGACGCCUGGAGACCGUCCCGGACCGCGGAGCCCGAGCCCCGCAGAGCCGCCAGCCCGCGCCCGCUCCGCGCUCCUCCGCCCCACCAUGGCCCGGGGCCUGGGCCUCGCGCUGCCGUCGCCGUCGCUGCUGCCGCCGCUCCUGCUGCUGGCGGCGGUGAUCGGCCACGCGGCCGCGCAGGACAACUGCACGUGCUCCACCAACAAGAUGACCGUGUGCGACCGCAGCGGCCCAGGCGGCCGCUGCCAGUGCCGCGUGCUCGGCUCCGGCUUGGAGGUCGACUGCUCCACGCUCACGUCCAAGUGCCUGCUGCUGAAGGCGCGCAUGAGCGCGCCCAAGAGCGGCCGCGCGCUGGUGCGGCCGAGCGAGCACGCGCUGGUGGACAACGACGGCCUGUACAACCCCGACUGCGACCAGCAGGGCCGCUUCAAGGCGCGCCAGUGCAACCAGACGUCCGUGUGCUGGUGCGUGAACUCGCUGGGCGUGCGCCGCACCGACAAGGGCGACGAGAGCCUCCGCUGCGACGAGCUGGUGCGCACCGACCACAUCCUCAUCGACCUGCGCCACCGCCCGGCCGUCCGCGCCUUCAACCACUCGGACCUGGAUGCCGAGCUGCGGCGGCUCUUCCGGGAGCGCUACCUGCUGCACCCCAGGUUCGUGGCGGCCGUGCACUACGAGCACCCCAUCAUCCAGAUCGAGCUGCAGCAGAACGCAUCGCAGAAGGUCGCCGGCGACGUGGACAUCGCCGACGCCAGCUACAACUUCGAGAGGGACGUCAAGGGCGAGUCGCUGUUCCCCAGCCGCGGCGGCCUCGACGUGCGCGUGCGCGGAGAGCCCCUGCUGCUGGAGAGGACGCUCAUCUACUACCUGGACGAGAAGCCCCCCCAGUUCUCCAUGAAACGCCUCACCAGCGGGCUCAUCGCCGUCAUCGUGGUGAUCGUGGUGGCCCUGGUCGCCGGCGUGGCCGUCUUGAUGAUCACCAACCGGAGGAAGUCGGGGAAGUACAAGAAGGUGGAGAUCAAGGAACUGGGGGAGAUGAGAAAGGAACCGAGCUUGUAGGUACCGGCGGGGCUGGGGUGGGAUGGGGGUAUGGGAUUUCAGCAAGGUCCCAGACCCAAGUGAGUCACACUUCUUGAUUCUUGGCUGCAAGGAGACAUUUCUCCUCCCAAAUUCCUGCCUCCUCCCACCGCCACCAAAUUUAAUAGAUCCUGUUCUCAGGGUCACCCGUCUUUCUGACUUCUGUCCUGAAGGAUGCAUUUCUAAAAUUCCUCCCCUUUCGGUCCAACCAGAAACCCGACUCGAAGAGUUCAGGGAAGUUUGGCGUAGGGUUAUGUAUGACAAUCAAAUGUCUUUAUGACAACCCCGUGUCGUUUACAAGUGAGACAAUCGAUGCUGAAGGCUUAGGUGGGAAACAGCGCUUUUACGGUCUUGGGUUUAAGUUAUUUGAUUAGCUCCACUUGUAUCGUGGCCUUGGAGUUCGCUAAUAGGGCCCGUGUAGUAUCCUCAUUCACCAUCGUUUGUAUUACCCACCACACAUACUUGUCUCUGGGAAGGCAGCCUGUUUCAGGUGCCUAAACACAUUUUAGAUGUCUUUGUUUGCGAGCAGACUUUGGCCCAGAAACUCAGCAUCUGCUCUUCAACUUGCCCUUAUUGCAGCUGAUACUGGUAAUGUUUAUUUUGUAAAAUGUUUGUACAUAGGUUGUCCUUGAUAAUGCUGUUGUGAUUUUUUUUAAACACAGAUUUAAUAAAAUAUGGAAAAGGCAAAAAAAAUAAAAAAUAAAAAUAAACAUGGCAUUUCUUACAUCCUGUGCUGUGUUAU